UCUGAAAUUUACCAAACAUAUACGGCUUAGGGAAAAUUGGGAAUUGGGAGCAUUUUCUGUUAUUUAUAGACAACAAUGAGACCUUUAACACACGAGGAAACUAAAACUUUUUUUGAAAAGCUUGCUCAAUAUAUUGGAAAAAAUAUUACUCACUUAAUUGAUCGUCCGGACGAUCCUCACUGCUUUCGUUUACAAAAAGACCGUGUCUACUAUGUUAGUGAAAAUGCCAUGAAGCUGGCGACUUCAGUUGCUCGUGCAAAUCUUAUGUCUUUGGGUAUCUGUUUUGGAAAGUUUACAAAAUCAAACAAGUUCCGCUUACACAUUACCUCAUUGGAUUACAUUGCCCAAUACGCUAGAUACAAAAUAUGGGUUAAGGCUAACGGUGAAAUGCCCUUCCUUUAUGGCAACCAUGUUUUGAAGGCUCACGUCGGUCGUAUUACUGACGACACCCCUCAACACCAAGGUGUAAUAGUUUAUUCUAUGAAUGAUACUCCUUUGGGUUUUGGUGUGACAGCUCGUUCUACUGUGGAAUUGGCUCGUCUAGAUCCCACUGCCAUUGUUGCGUUCCAUCAAGCUGAUGUGGGUGAGUACUUACGUGAUGAAGAUACUCUCUUCUAAUUAGAAUUUGCAUAUGCAUAUUCAUUUCAAGCGUUCUAUCUCUUCCCUUUCUUCCAACUAGUCAAGUGUACUGCGUGCUCUUUUUUUCAAGAUACUAUCUUCAAAUGGACAACGUUUCUUUCAUUUCAGACAUGCGAAGGAUAAUACUCGUUUAAUCGCUUCAUCUUCGUUUUUUGGUGUCGCUUCAGGCGUUUGAUUUUUGUUACGUUUCUUUUACGCUUUAAAAAUGUCUUUGAACAGGAACGGUUCUGGGUUAUUUGGUCUUACUAUAUGUAGAAAUACUUUAAUUUAAACAAAACACCAAUAUCUUUCAUACGUUAGUUUAUGUAGCGAAGUCUUUAAUUUUUUUGAAACAAUAUGUAUACUGAUUUCUCCAUCGGCAGCAAG